AUGGCUCAAAAGAUGUCUGAUCCAGGUAGUUUCACUAUUCCGUGCACAAUUGGGAGCUACGCCUUUGCAAAGGCCUUAUGUGAUCUGGGGGCCAGCAUAAAUCUGAUGCCACUGGCUGUGUACACUAAAUUGGGCAUCGGCAGAGCUAGACCGACUUCUAUGCUGCUACAGCUGGCUGAUCGCACGGUGAAAAGGCCAAUUGGUAUUCUUGAUGAUGUGUUGGCAGAUGAGGAGAUACCUCUCAUUCUGGGUAGACCAUUUUUGGCGACUGGCAGAGCACUGAUCGAUUGUGAGAUUGGGGAACUAAAAAUGAGACCGAACGAUGAAGAAGUCAUAUUCAAUGUUCAGCAAUCUAUGAGAAGACCCAGCGAAUAUGCUAAUUGCUCUUUAGUGGAUGCAGUAGAUGUGAUUCUGCAAGAGGACGACGCGACCCUGGCUGUGAAUGACCCAUUGGAUGCAUGCCGAGGAUUCUGGACAAGGGAACCUCAAUUUGAGUCCCUUGAAUUAGAAAAAAGGGCUACACCUCCAGCAAAGCCAUCAAUAGAAGAACCACCCAAACUGGAGCUAAAGCCACUCCCAAAUCACCUCAGGUUGGCAUUUGAGGAACUGAAUAAGAGAGCCUUCGAGAAACUACUUGCAAAAUAUGAUGUACGCCACAAGGUGGCCACCCCUUACCAUCCGCAAACCAGUGGGCAGGUUGAAGUGUCCAACAGGGAGAUAAAAAGUAUACUAACCAAGACGGUGAAUGCCACAGGAAUUGAUUGGGCAAAGAAGCUUGAUGACGCACUUUGGGCCUGCAAAACUGCGUUCAAAACACCAAUAGGACCAUUUAGAGUAGUACAAAUGUUCCCAUCUGGAGCUGUGGAGAUAACAAGUGAGAACGGCACCAACACCUUCAAGGUUAAUGGGCAAAGACUUAAAAUGUAUGUGGGAGUGGAUGAACUGAAAGAGUUGUCUGUGGUACAUCUCGAUGAACCAAAAAGGUUGAGCGAUUCUUAA